AUGUGCAACGUUUACGACACUGCCGCAGCAAGCUCCUCCCAGGCCGAAGCUGGUUCGUGUGUGGGUCUUGGCAGCUGCGGCGGACGGUACCACACAGUCCCCGGCUCCUCCCGGCUCUCUCCUUCCGCGGUCACGGCGGUGGGCGGGCCCUGGCAGCGAAAUCUGAAUGCAGAUGCGCGCCCCGCCUCCCUGCUGCGUACUGAGGUUAGACUGGGCUGCGCUGUAAUCGGUGCGGGAGGAGUCAGGGUUGUGCUCGCGAGAGACCCCGAGUCCCGGGCUAGGACUCCAAGCUACGGAGAGCACCUGGCUCAGAUUGGGAGCGGGACCUGCCGGGAAUUCGUGCGCUUAAAGCAGGGCCCUUCCAGUCAGUGGCAGCGGAAGAGCAGUGUGUGUGCGGAGGGAGGAGUCUGCUCGCCUGGUCGCCUUUGCAUCUCCACGCGGGCUGCGGUGGGGAGCGCAGCUGGCACACGGCACGCUGGGGUCAGCGCGUUGAAACCCAGCGGUGCCGGCAGCUUGCCCUGCCCUGACGAGUCAGCACACCUCCACAUUCACUGCCACACCUCACCUGGCUUUCCACAACACUGCAUGCGUGAUGACACCAGUGAUCUGCUCCGCACCUACCGCCUCCAGAAAGACCGUGACUUUGAGGACCCCUACAAUGGGCCUGGCUCGUCCCUGCACAAAUUGCAUGCUGUGUGCCACCCAGACUACUCGGUGCCCGAGGGCCUGAGUGAGGCCAAUUGUGCACCUGGCUCCCCGUGCCUCUUUUGCAGCCACAGCGAGUGUUGUCCGGCGAUGCCGCCUGAUGUGAAAUAUGUAUCCUCAAAGCACCGGCUUAUCAAGGUUGAAACCAGUGCUGGCAGUGAUGAUGCAAGCGAGAAGCUCAACAAAGCCUCCAUGCAGCUGGUGACCUCUGCCCCUUCUGGAAAAGAUAAAGUAUUGAUGGCUGAUGACUACUCAGAUCCAUUUGAUGCAAAAAGUGAGUUGAACAGCUUGGGAAAAGGGCAGAACACUGGCUAUAUGGAACCAUAUGAAGCACAGAGAAUAAUGACUGAAUUUCAGAAGCAGGAAGGCAUGAAGUACCAUCAGAAAAACAUGCAGCUCUAUGACACACCCUAUGAACCGGAAGGCAGUGGUUUGGAAUCUGAUUCUGAAAGUGUGGUGAGUCACCAUUUACAAGAAAGCAAAUUGCCACAGGAUGAUAACAGGCCUGCAGAUGAGUAUGAUCAGCCAUGGGAGUGGAACAGAGUAAACAUCCCAUCUCUGGCAGGAGUCAGCCUGGCAGAAAGCUUGGAAAGGAGAGUUGUGUGUGGUGAUGAUUGUGGGGAUGAGAAGGGAGGAAAAGAGAUGUGGCUCUGGAAGGGGCCUGAGAAACCUGAAAGCAAUGAUCCUGAUUAG